AAGCCCUGUGUAUACGAUUUCGUGAAAGCAAGACAGGAUAGAAGAGGAAAAGCGUUGGUAGUAAAAGCUGGGAAAACGCCGGCCGGGCUUUUAGUGACAGUUGUCAGUACAUUCUGAGGCGCGGAGAGAGAUGGUGGUUCCGUCGCUUACGAAUUUUACUUCCCGAUCUCCCGAUUUCCCGCGCAUUUUACGUCCACGUGGUUAACUUGUUAUGACUUGACUAAUAGAUUUGCUAACUAGGUAAUCAAUGACAUGUGUAAUAAAAUGCAUACGUGGCUGUUUUUAGUAACAAUUAUAAACUUAUGAUUGUGUUGUGCCGUUUUAAUGGUUGUCUUCGUUCGCUUGAGGAAAAACAUCAUCGACAAACACAUGCUUUCACCGUCGACAAAGGCGGCCUGCUGGCUGACGACGUUUUUGAGCGUUUUUGUCACAGGUGAAAUGCCGAUUCAAGCUGAAGUGGAGCCAGAAUUCUUACAAGCCUUGGAAAACCAUACGGUCACCCAGGGUCGAGACGUCCAUUUUACAUGUGUUGUCAACCAUCUUUCCAAUUAUAGGGUUGCGUGGAUAAAGUCAGACUCAAAAGCGAUACUCGCAAUCCACACAAACAUGGUGGCCUUAAACCCUCGGCUAUCUGUCACAUACAAUAACCACAACACUUGGAAGUUGCAUGUCAGCAACGUCCAAGCAAACGACUCUGGCACUUAUAUGUGCCAAGUCAAUACAGACCCUAUGAAGAGUCAGAUGGGUCACUUAUCAGUAGUGAUUCCGCCAGACAUAGUUGACAGUAUCACAGAAGGCAGCUCUGCAAGGGAAGGAGGUAGUGUGCGAUUGACAUGCAGUGCCACUGGAGUACCAGCUCCUACGGUUAUGUGGAGAAGAGAACACAACCGACCUAUCGUCUUCAGGCACGACGGCGGUAGGGAGAGAAAAGUGGUCGAAACUCACAAAGGCGAAGUUCUCGAGUUGUCUCAUGUGCAAAGGAACGACAUGGGAGCGUACUACUGCAUUGCGAGCAACGGCGUACCGCCCACCGUCAGUCGCCGAUAUCACGUGCAAGUGCAUUUUAUUCCUCAAGUGAAAGUGACAAACCAGCUAGUUGGAGCUCCUCUUGGUAGCGACGUGGAACUUCAAUGCUAUAUAGAAGCCUCUCCUAAAGCUAUGAACUCCUGGUCUCGUGAGGAUUUAUCAAAUUUUGCAGCGCUAGUGAGCGACAAAUUGCUGGAAAAUCCAAAAUUCCGCAUCACGGAAACGUCGGUGAACGAGUAUUCUUUAUGGAUGAAUCUCACGAUAAAGUCGCUAGCACCAAGCGACUACGGGACCUACGUAUGUGCAUCUGUGAAUGCGCUGGGGAAGAUGGAGAGCCAAGUCAGCUUACACAGGCUAGAGCUCAGCAUGAAUGGUUAUGCGGACGAGCCCAUGGUGUCAGGCGCAGCGUGGCAACGAGCAAGGAAUCUUCCAGCGCGCGCCCGCCCCGCUGCAUCUCACGCACACCAGUACUUGACGCAACACCUACCACCACAGUUGUACGCACUGUUGUUAACAACACUGCAGUAUGUGCACACUUUUUAAACUGGCAGAAUUUUAUAUCAUACUAGAGGAUGCCCGCGAC